AUGAACAGCAGCAACGGCGCAAGCAGGAAGAAGGUUGGAAAAAAUGGCGGAACAGCCAAAGGAAGUGAAGAAAAUGUUAAAGACAGUGGAAGUGUAGGCGAGGAGAAUUGUUGCGAUAGUAGCAAUGAGUUGGAGCAGAAUGGAAAUGAAAAGAGCCAAGCCAAGUGCGUGACAAGUGUGAAGAAGGAGAAGGAAGAGGAUAACAUGACUAAUAAGGGUGAUGAGUUAAACCUGGAGGAGGGAAAUCAGGAUGAUAAUAAUCAGAAGGAUGAUAAAGAGGAGGACAAGAAAAAGAAAAAAAAAAAUAAUAAGCUUCCGAACACGGAUGACGUAGACAACGGUAGUGGCGCCGCGAGGAAGAACCAAUGCGUGGAAGAAGGAAGCGUCGAAAAGGGAAAGGCCGAAGAGGACAGCAAUGCGUCUGCCAUCACGAAUAAUGACAACGUUAGCAGUGUUGGCGGUGGUAGCGUAAAGGGUGGCACUGCCCAGGGUCAUGGAAAAGGCGUGAAGGAGAAGAAGCUUGGGAACAAAUCGGAUAAGAGUGACCCCUCCGGCAGUAGUGCCUACUACGGCAAUUUCAAUACAAACAAUGACUGGAGGAGUGGCAAAAAUAACAGUAACGGUAACCAUGGUGGUAACGUGGAUAGCGGGAAGAACAACGGGGUGGUGUACCAGUACGCGAAAGGAAACAACGUGAACGGUGAACACCCAGCGGCUGCCAAGGAUGCGAAUAAAAAACGAAACUUUGUCAAAGGGGAGGGUAAGAACUUUGAUGGGGGAUACAACGGAGGACCCAACAACGGCAACGGCAACGCCAACAACGGAAAUGUGGGUAACUACCCAGGUAAGGGUAACUACAAGUAUGAUUAUAAGGGUGGUAAGAAUAAUUAUAACAUAAAGGGGGGGAAGAAUUACAAAGGGCCGCCACCCAGUAUGCUCAACAGCAACGUUACUGCAGGUAUGAGCAGCAAUAUGGGUGGAAAUUUCAGCGGCAACGGAAAUGGUAGCGGAAAUGGCAACGCAAACACUAGUGGAAGCAUAAACAGCAACAGUCACAAUAGCAGUUCAUUAACCUACGAUGGGUUCAACAACCAUAACAGUAGUAACAACCCCAAUGAAGGAAUCAUGAUGGAUCCCAUGAAUAAUAUGGUAAUGUACAGUAAUAGCAACCCCAAUUAUAAUUACCUGCCUAAUUAUGGCUGCAAUUAUCCUUAUAGUUAUUACGUGGAUGAUAGUGAGGGUAAGAAUGUGGAGUUAUCUAAUUAUUAUUCGUCCAGCAAAAUGUACGGCGGAGCGUCGUCUUCCGGUGGGGGAGGUGGUGCCGGCACGGGCAGUAGUGCAGGAGGUGCUAGUGGAGUUACUAAUGCAGCUACUAAUGGAGCUACUAAUGGUGCUACUAAUGGUGCUACUAAUGGUGGUGCGUCUGGGACAACCCCCCCUGCAGCCACGUCUGGAGCAUCCUCCGUCGCUACAGCAGGGGCAGUCGGACCGGACGGUUAUAACGAUGGUAGUUAUGAUGCCCGCUUUAACUACAACAACAUGGUGAACGACUUCUACAAUUAUCUCCCCUUCAAUUAUUAUUACUACAAUAUGAAUAGCAUGUACUUUGGCGGAUCGAACUACAACCCUAAUGCACACAACGUCUACCAUGACAGUUUGAAAAAUAGGAGGAAUAAGAAGUACCUAUAUGAGAAGAAUAAGAAGAAAAAUUACAAAAAUAUGACCUCGUCUAAUAUGUACAGCGAAAUAAAAAACAGAGUGAUUGAAAUAUUCAAAAGGGAAAACAUAAUGACGGAUGAUUAUUUGUUAUACUUUAUGUAUAAUAAUGUGAAGCUUAGCAUAGAUGUGAUUGCCAAACAUCCGUAUAUAUCACCGCUCGUUAAUAGCAACGUGCAAAACAAUACAACCAUUUUGGCCAACGUGCUAAACGACUUGAAGUGCAUCAACUUGGGGAAGAAGGAAGAGGAGGGUUCUGUUGAAGAGACGGAAAAAGGGGAAGCAGAGGCGGACGUUGCCACGUUGCAGGUGGCCAGUCCACAACAAGUUGUCUCUGCCGAUGGGAAGGGAAGCAGCAUUAAUGGUAGUGCCAGUCAUGUGGGAGUGAAUGACACAUCGUCGGCACAGGAGGGGGAAGAUCCCGUUAAAGGUGAAGGGGAUAAGAAAGUAGUCUCACCAACAGUAGAUGCCAUCAAGGCGGAAUGUUCUUCACUUAAGAGGGAGGACAACGUGUUGGAGUCCGACGUGACAGAUGCAGCAGGAAGAGGUAAAAGUAACGAUAACGCUGCUAAAGGUGGCACAGUCGAUUUGGCCAGCAACAACGCAAAGAUCCCCUUCGAAGAGGACAACAAAAACUUCUUACUCAAUUUGAACAAUAAAAGAAACGUAAUAAUCAUUAGAGAUAUUAAUUCGCACUACACCAACACGGUUAAAAGUAUCGUGCUGAGCAGCCCCGAUAUCCAACCUACGGACGUUCUAAAUAUUAGGAACGACGUGAAUAACACCAUUUUCAUCACCCUGAGGAAUGAAAAGAAGACGGAGUCCCUAGCGCAGUAUUUAAAAACCAAAUCCGUGAACGAUAAGAAGCUAAACGUGCGAAUUAAGACCACACAGAGGAUACAGAACAUUAUAGAGAACAACAUUUUCAAGUCGGGUACCGUCGUAGGGGGCAGUAACAGUGUCAGUGGGGGAAACCACAACGGUGGCAGCAACACGAACGCAUCCGUCAUCGGAACGAACGGAAGAGGUGUUAUGAACGGGGUGAGUGGUGCCAGUAUGAAUGGAGGAAGUACACAUGGCGGUAGUGUGGCAGGUACUGGUGUUGGCACUGGAUCCAUCUCAGGAGUUGUUGGAGCGCACAAUUCGACCUCCUCCAAUGUUGUGCCACCCAUGGCUUCUUCCACCUCCACUGGUGCUGGUGGGUCCACCACCACAAACAACGCAGCAACGGCCACCUCAAACGGCAGCAUCGCAGGAACAACCGGUGGCAGUCAUUUAAAUAUGAUGCCCGGUGCAGGAAUACCCAUAGGACCAAAGCAAUACAUGAAUUUUAACAACAUGUAUUAUUUGCCCAACGCGAUGAAUGGCUAUGACGGUAAUAUUUAUGGACACUGUGGGUCAGCCAGUAAUGCUCCUUCGAACUUUGAUGCAUAUAUGAAUUAUUACAACUAUGGGAUGAACAACGCAGCGUAUAACAUGUACCCAAAUGUAAAUUUUUGUGAUUCCUUCGGUGGAGGGUACAACAUGUAUUCGAAUGCAUAUGGUCCGUUGAACGAAAUGAAGAACAAGCACAGUUACAAUAACAACAAAGGGGGUAAAUACUCCAGGGGAGGUGGAGGUGGUGACGGGAACAAUAUGGGAAGAAUCAGUGACAACAAUUUUAACAAUGCCGCUAUGGCGGGUUCAGUUGGUGCGGGAGCAUCCCAGGGAGGGGCAGGCGGAGCAACUAAUAACGCGACGGGCUAUUUUACCAAUCCGUAUAGUAAUUACAAUAACGUUUUUAGUAACAUGUACGGAAAUAAUAUGUACGGCAAUAUCAUGCACGGAAAUAACAUGCACGGCAGUGUGUACCAUGACGGAGGAGGAAACAAUAAGGGGGACAAGUAUAUGGAUGACGGGAGGAAAUACCAUCAUGCGGAUGGACUGAAUGAGAAGGGAGUAGGAUCGACCAAUGGUUCAGGGACAACACACCACCAUAAUCGAAUGAACAAAGGUGUGAAGGAUGCCGAUAGUGGAAAAGGUGGUAUAAACGCAGCAGGCACGGGGAACAGCGCGAAUAGUAAGAACAACCGGGCAGGUGCCAACGAAAACGGAGCCAACGCAGGGAAGAACAACAGAAGUAGAAGCAGCAGCAACUGUAACAGCAGCACGUACAAUGGAAAUAACAACAAUAACAACAACAACAGCGGAAACAAUAACGGCCACGGGGCGAGCAGCAACAGCAACGGGAGUGGAAACAACAGGAGUGGUACAAAUGGAAGUAGUGGCAACGGUGCAGCCAACACAAGCAACCAUGGAAGUAACGGUGGGAGCAAUGCAAAUGGAGGAAGUGGGGGAAGUGCAGGGAGCGGCAACAACUGCAGCAGUAAUAAUAAAAGCGCCAUGAAGACCAACGGUGAGUACAGCAAGAAUGGUAACAAACUCCUCACGAACAACAACAAGCUUAAUAAAAAGGACCCCCUAAUGGCGUAUGACAGUAACGGUAAUAACAGCGUGGUGGCGAAAAAUGAAAACAAAGCGCUUGAAAAGAAGAGUGGAAAAAAUUAUUAUAAUAAAAAAAACAGCGCAAGGAAAAGCGGUGACAAAAAGAGCGAGAACAAGAAGAAGGACGACUCCGCUGCUGUGUCUACAGAUUUGGGCAGCAACGAGGUAGCCAAAAUGAAGGACGAGAGGAAGAAACCGCUCGAUAGGAGCGAAUCUUGCGAAGUGAAUGAAACGGAGGAAGGGCACCCCCUCACGCACAGCGAUUUCGAAAAUGACGCCAGCGCAGAGAAGAACAAUGAGGACAGUAAUCAUAAUGAGGAGGAACAUGGAAAAUGCACCGAAGUUGAAAAUGGGGAAGAAGGCAACAACCCAAAUGAUGAUCAAAACGUGGAGAAAAAAAAUAGGAAGGACUCUCAUGCAAAAAGUGAGCAGCCUGGUAGCACUGAUUGCAAGGACCACUCCAACAGAGUGUCCCCAAGAAUGGGCCCUGCGAAGAAAAAUUUCGCCAACAAAAUUGCCUCUAAUAAAGACAAAGGUGCAGUCAACUCGGACGAGAAGAAAGCCCCAAAGAAUAAAAACAAAGUGGAGGACGCUAAUGUAAAUGGUGGCAUUGUCAACGGAGGCAUCGCAUCCAAUGAAAACAAUCCCAGUGGCAACACGCAAAAUAGGAAGAAGUACUCCUAUGUGGACAUUAUGGAUUCGUGCAAAAAACUAACCAACGUUGAUGCCCCUCCUGAGUGUAUAGACAAACUGAUGAAGGAGAAUGUCUCCCUGUUUAGGAAACGCGACGAUCAGUUCUGUUGGAAGUUGAACGUUUUUUAA